CUCGACAUAGCUGCGCGAAAACGAAUUACCGCCCUCAAAUUAAGCUUUAUCCUGUGAGAGAGAGAGAGAGAGAGAGAGAGAGUAAUAGCAGCGGUGGGUGAUGAGCGCGCAGUCACAACCCCACCAUUACCAAGCAUAUACAACGGCAACAACAGCGAUGGCAACGAUGUCGUCUCAGGGUUACCACCAGCCAACUACCGUCGAGGAAGUCAGAACUCUCUGGAUAGGUGAUUUGCAGUACUGGGUCGAAGAGUCCUACCUCCAUGGCUGCUUCGCUCACACCGGCGAGGUAGUUUCAAUAAAGAUUAUACGUAACAAGAUCACUGGCCAGCCUGAGGGUUAUGGAUUCAUCGAGUUUGUUUCCCAUGCAGCAGCUGAAAGGAUUCUGCAGACAUACAAUGGGACUCUAAUGCCUGGGACUGAACUAACUUUCAGGUUGAACUGGGCUUCUUUUGGUAUUGGGGAAAGGCGUCCUGAUGCUGGGCCUGAGCAUUCUAUUUUUGUGGGGGAUUUAGCACCUGAUGUUACUGAUUAUCUGUUGCAAGAGACUUUCCGAGCUCAAUAUCCAUCUGUUAGAGGUGCCAAGGUUGUGACUGAUCCAAAUACUGGGCGCUCAAAGGGAUAUGGAUUUGUUAAAUUUUCUGAUGAGGCAGAAAGGAAUCGGGCAAUGACUGAAAUGAAUGGUGUCUAUUGCUCAACUAGGCCAAUGCGUAUUAGUGCGGCUACACCGAAGAAAACCACUGCUUUUCAACCAUAUCCUGCAACUAAAGCAGCAGCAUAUCCUGUUCCGUUGUAUAGCACACCAGUGCCUACGGUGCCAGCAGAUUCUGAUGUCAAUAAUACUACAAUUUUUGUUGGUAACUUGGAUCCUAAUGUCACAGAAGAGGAGUUGAAGCAAACCUUUUUGCAGUUUGGGGAAAUUGUCUACGUCAAGAUUCCUGUUGGCAAAGGAUGUGGCUUUGUACAGUUUGGGACAAGAGCAUCAGCUGAAGAUGCCAUCCAAAAGAUGCAGGGAAAGAUGAUUGGUCAACAAAUUGUCCGCAUUUCUUGGGGUAGGAGUCCAACAGCUAAACAGGACUUGCCUGGUAGCUGGGGUCAGCAAGUAGAUCCGAGUCAAUGGAGUGCUUAUUAUGGUUAUGGACAAGGCUAUGAUGCCUAUACUUAUGGGGCUACUCAAGAUCCAUCAUUGUAUGCAUACGGUUCAUAUCCGGGUUAUGCACAGUACCCUCAGCAGGUUGAUGGUGCUCAAGAUGUGGCCGCUAUGGCAGGUGCUGUGCCAGCUGUAGAACAAAGGGAGGAGUUAUAUGAUCCCUUGGCUACGCCUGAUGUUGAUAAGUUAAAUGCUGCUUAUCUCUCUAUUCAUGGAAGUACUAUUUUAGGGCGGCCCUUAUGGCUGAAAACCUCGUCGCUGUCGCAGCAAGCAUAGGCAUCUCUAGCAUAACCUUUUUGAUAUUCUGGUUUUGUUCAAUGUUUCCCGGAGCUCUGACAGAUUAAAAAAACAAACGCUAGUAGUUGGACAUGGUAAAUUGCAGCCUGGAGAAAAAACAUUCAGUAUGUGCUUCACAUUGGUGCGCCAUUUUGCCACUUGGACUAUGAUGUAACAAUCUGGAGUUGAAACAGGCAGGAUAUGCUUGAGUUCAGUAUACCUUGCUUUACAGGAUUUGAGCUUUUUCUUUUUCUUUCUUUGUUAAUUAUCUUUUUGUUUACACUUUCCUGUUAUUUGCGUUGUGGAUGUUGAUACUGGAAGAAUGCUUAAUUCCAAGUAGCUUGACUUGAAAAACAAGCUACUAUUCCUGGGUUUACUGGUUAUAAAUAGCUCGUUCCAUGUGUGAUUUCA